AAACCAAAGGAAACCGAAGACCUGACCACCACCUUCUUCUUCCUAAAGGUUUUUGUGACUUCGCUGAACAACUAACUAAUCAAGUGAAUGAUUUAUCAACGAAAAUGGAACAACAAUGAUUGCGUGCUGUUGGAAAUAAAGGUUUAGGGAUUUAUUAAACUUGGAGAAGAUUUCAACUUUGAGCUAAUGAUGCUUGGCAAGUUGUCAAGGCGUUGCUACUGCACUUCUGUUCAUCAGCAGCCAUGGCUCUUUCUUGGAUUGGGAAAUCCUGGCGACAAAUACAAUGGCACUAGACACAAUAUUGGGUUCGAGAUGAUAGAUGUUUUUGCUGAGUCAGUGGGGAUUCAGAUGAACCUGCUAAAUUUCAAGGCUAUAAUGGGACAAGGUUUCGUGGGCGAUCUCCCUGUUAUCCUGGCAAAGCCGCAAACUUACAUGAACUUGAGCGGUGAAUCAAGUGGACCUCUCGCGGCUUAUUACAAGUUACCCCUCAAUCGUGUGCUUGUGGUGCAUGAUGACACACAAUUGCCAUGUGGUGUUCUUCGCCUUCAAGAAAAAGGAGGCCAUGGAUGUCACAACGGGUUAAAGUCAGUAAUGCACCAUUUCCGAGGCAAUAAGGAAUUUGCAAGGCUACGAAUCGGGAUUGGGAAGCCUCCUGGACAAAUGGAUCCAAAGGCGUUCUUGUUGCAGAAGUUCAGCAUGCUAGCUCGUGAACGGAUUGAUGGAGCUUUAGCAGAAGGGGUGGAAGCUCUGAAGCUGGUCUUGUCUAAAGACUUUGGAGAAAGCUGGAGACUGUUCAACGUGGAACAGAAGUACAAACACUUAAGGCAACACACAAUUAUUGCACCUUGACCAAAUUGCUCUCACCAAGAUGGGAUAAAAGAAACAAACUAAAAAAAAAGUUCAUAGUGGAUAAUUUUGUUCUUAAAAAACAAAAUUUGGUUACUUUUUGUAAUUUUAGUUCAGCGUGUACUAAAGUUACAAAAUUUCUCGGAUUGAAAAUUAAAGUUUAUACCUUUGUUUCAUAGCUAUAUGAUGAUGGUAUGAGUGA